AUGUCCCUAUUCCAGCGCCUGUUCCCCUUCCUGAGGGCGUCUCCUACUCGCCCGGGAGGUCUCAAUCCCGAUGAGUCACGGAUCCUCGCCCUGAGCAUCGCCAGGGCUGUAGAAGCCGAUGCGGCUAUUUUGGAGCAAUAUCGCCGAGAGGACCAAGUGGCUAGAGAUCGUAUGAUAGCCCAGGCACAGAAUGAACACCGCAAGAUCUCCAUCGAGCCGCUGAUCGAUCAACCCGUCUUAGAUGAAGCAACACUGAACGAGCUUCGUCGGCUGAACCCCGACGCUUCAGAUGACAGUGAGAGUGAAGGUGACAGCAUCGAGGAGGCCGAAGAACUGGUUGAUGAGAAAGACGAGGAUGUCGAAGUUAUUGAACAUGCUGACAACACUGGUGACACCCAAGAUACUCACGAAGCUGAGUAUACCCCUGACAACACUGAGGACACCGACGAUGCUCCAGAGAUUGAAACCCCCAGACAGCAACCUGGGGAGACGGCUUCCUCCCAAGCUACAACUAUUGAGCAAGAAGAAGUCGUAGAUCACGUUGAUACUGUUGAUCAGCGGAUUGUACACGACCAACAAGGUUCUCAAGAGCCCCCUGAUCUUGUCGCGCUCCCUGAACCAGCAUCGCCUGCCAUCGCCAGCUCUUCCGCAACACCACCUGCUCCGGAAAGAAAGCAGUGCAUGGCCGUCGAACUCUCCAUGAGAGAGGAGUCUAUGUUCCCACCUCAGUGCUGUCAGCAAGCUAUCCCUAUCGAAGUAGGCGCUUUUAUCUCCCAGGAGAUAUUUGAUCGAUUCCAGGAGAAGACCACUGAGUUUGGAACUGUGGACCGAACUUACUGCAGCGAUACCGCAUGCUCAGCUUUUAUCACACCCCAGUCAAUCGCGGAAUCAGAGGGGAUCGCGCGCUGCAGUCGUUGUGAACUGCAAACUUGUCCCAUCUGCAAAAGAGCUUGGCACGAGGGUGCCUGUCCUGAAGACGAGAAAACACAGGAACUGGUGCGCCUUGGAGAACGAGAGGGUUGGAAAAGGUGCGAGAGUUGCAAACAUCUCAUUCAGCGCAGCACUGGGUGCAACCAAAUGACCUGUCGUUGCGGUCACAAGUUCUGCUACCUCUGUGCUGCCAAGUGGAAGUCUUGCUCGUGUCCAUAUUCGGAUUUUGUCGGGCUCCUCGGCCUCGGCCAGCCUGCCCAGGCCGCUGCAAACAACGGACAGUUGCCGCCGGCUUGGCUGGAACCAGAGGUCCCUCGACGAGAACCAGUGCCUCGACCAGCACCAGUGCCACCGGCACAGAGACCAAGAGAGACUCCAGAUCAGGAGGCUGCCAGACGACGUCGACACCGGGAACGACAUGAGCUCUUCCCAGAUUGCCAACAUCGGCGUUGGCGGACCAGUCGCGGAGAAUGGCAGUCGUGCGAUGACUGUGGUCAAUUUAUGCAGGAAUUCGUUUUUACCUGCCGAGACUGCGACAUGGACGCAUGCGGGCGAUGCAGAGACACCAUCGAAUCCUGGCAAUAG